CUAUAUAUAAUACAAAAUUAUAAACUAUAUUGUAAUUAACUUAUACCAAUUCUGAUCAGUUUCAAUGGUUCUUAGGGUAGAAAAAUUAGUUUUGCUACUUUAAAAUAAUGUUAAGGGUUAUUGAUUGUGAUAUAUUAAUCAUGAAAAAUACUGUAUGCAAUUAACUAACCUAACUGGUUAAGCGAAAGGCAAAAAUAAUGAUUUUAAGAUAUUUCUGGUUAAGUCUUUUACUUGCAACUAUUUAUUUACUUUAUUCACAGAGCUAUUUUACAAUAAUAUGGUACUUUCUACCCAAAGAAUUGAACAAUGUAACUCAUAUAUUAUUCAGUACAUCAGAAUUGGAAUUAUUAGAAAUAAAUGAAAAACAGAAAAUAUUUACUAGAGACGAAUUAAAAAAACAUAAUAAUAUUGAAAAUGGAUUAUAUCUUUCAAUAUUGGGCCAAGUUUUUGAUGUUACGAAAGGAGCAAAGCAUUAUGAACCUGGAGCAUCUUAUCAUAUAUUUGUUGGGCGUGAUGCAUCUCUAGCAUUUGUCACUGGAAAGUUUGAUGAGAAAGAAGUAACCGAUGAUACUUCUGUACUGUCUGCUCAACAAAUUAAAUCAUUAGAUGACUGGGUACAAUUUUAUAAUGAAAAUUACAUUUAUAAAGGAAAAUUAAGUGGAAGGUACUUCAAUGAAGAUGGUACUCCAACGCUUGAGUCUUUAAAAGUACAGCAAAAAUUAAUAGAUGCAAAAAAAGAAAUAGCAGAUGAAGAACAAAAGAAAAAGUUAUUUCCGACUUGCAAUAUGGAAUGGAAAGUCGAUAUAGGCACUACUGUAUGGUGUUCUAAAAGAAGUGGUGGUAUAGAAAGAGAUUGGAUCGGUGUUCCAAGAAUGUAUUUUGAAAUGCCUAAUUCAAAACAACACAGAUGUGCUUGUAUUAAUCUUGAUAGUAAAGAAUAUAAAGAAAAUAAAGGUAAUUUUAAAGAAUACAAUGGUUGUGCAAGGAGUUCGAUAAAGUGUAAUAUAAAGUAAUUUCUAUCUCAGAAAUAUUUUUGAAAUCUGCUUAUUACACAACAGUAUUUUAUACUAAAUCUAUUUUUACUGGUAUAAAUGAAAUGAGUAAACAGAAAACAAAAAAAAGACCUUAAAGAAUAAUGUACUUUUAUAUUUUGUAAGAAAUUCAUUUUUGUAAAUAAA